AUGCUAGCUGCUGGUGUAAUCGAACGAAAAAUACAAAGUAACGAUGAGCUGUUGAAUGAGAAAUGCGCUUCCUAUCUCGAUGAGGUGAUUGCCCAGCGUAGGAAUUGGGCUGUGCAAGCAAGUGCACUGCUACAGCGAUCUGAGCUCGAGUGGACUCGGAUGCGUCGAGCGGAACGAGCCUGCAUGCAAAUGGAAGCACUGUCGAAGCUAGUAAACGGUGUCGAAAUAAAGAAAAUUGAUAAAAAUGCCAUGAAGGGACGUUUGAAACUACUGCUGGCAAGUGGACUAAAGCCGUACUGGUAUGUGGAUACAGUUUAUGCCGGAAUCCUGCGUUCGCUAGGAUGCAUUGCUCUGGAAAAAGCUGAGCAUUUGGUGCGGGAACUGAUUGAGAAGAAUCCGGACGAACCAACAUACUGGUGUCUUCUAGGUGAUAUACUUCAGCAACCAGAGGCGUACGAGAAAGCUAUUCAGGUUUCAAAUGGCCGUUCGUUCCGUGCUUAUCGCUCACUGGGUAUGCUGAUGCUUCGGCGCGGCCACUACGAUGUUUCGUUCGAGCACCUGAAACGCAGUCUUGAGCUCCAACCAAUUAAUGUAAGUUUUGACUUUGCAACUUUUCUUCCCCAACUUUUAAAGGAAUCGUUGUGUUCAAUUUCGUGA